AUGGCUGCUACUACUGCUGUUGGUGUUAUUGGUGGUAAUGGAUCUUCUGUUUCAUGGAUGCAAUUUGGAAGAAAAGUUAAGAAACAGAAUAAGAUGAACAGAGCUAGGGUUUCUUGUUCUUCUUCUUCUGUGAUAGAUCCUUAUAAGACAUUGAGGAUUCAACCAGGUGCUUCUGAAUCUGAUAUUAGAAAGGCUUUUAGACAACUUGCUUUGCAGUAUCAUCCAGAUGUUUGCAAAGGAAAAGAUUGUGGUGUGCAGUUUCAUCUAAUCAAUGAGGCUUAUGAUGUUGCAAUGUCAAAUUUGAGAAAAGAAACAAAAAAGGCAGAAACAUAUAAGGCAACUUAUGAUAAUGAAUCAUUUAGAGGAAAGAAUGAUCCAGGUUGGGAUUAUUGGGAAGAAUGGAUGGGUUGGGAAGGAGCAGGAAUUCGUGACUACACUUCUCAUAUUAAUCCUUACAUUUGA